GAGAAGAGAAGAGAAGAGAAGAGAAGAGAAGAGAAGAGAAGAGAAGGUGCCUGUUGGAUUGUGCCUGAGACUGAGAGAAGUGCAGCGUCAGUAGCAGAGCCUUGUGACGUGAAAGGAGGGACGAGAGAGAAAAAAGGGAUAACUGUGAAGAUCAGAGGCAUUGAUGAGAGUGGAUGAUCAGUGUUGCAGGGCUGACACAGAAGAUUGGCGUCGGUUCAUCUGAAGUCUGAAUUCCUCCACCUGCCCAGGUUAACCCAACUCUCCUUCACCAAGGCUCCUCUACCCACACACGAUAACCCCUCAUUAAGGUCUGUAAUCUGUCUCUGAAUCAUGGCCAUGACUGAUCCAGGCUGGUGGAAAGCGACCUUCAACAGGAAGAAGAACUUAAAUGCCAAGGUACUGUACGAAAUCCCUGCUCAGUUCUGCAGCAACACUGACAAAAAGGAGGCCCCUGGCUCUCAGACGAACCCCACAGACAGCCGUCGGGGCGUUAAACUGGAGAAGACCGGGGACAAGACCACCACAAAGGGGCGACAAGUCAAAGUGUCUCAUUCUGGUCGCUUCAAGGAGAAGAAGAGGAUUCGCGCCAGCCUGUCCGAAAACUCAACCCUCUUCCCAGACCAGGGCGUGGCUGAUGAAAACCUGGUGGCAGACGAAUAACAGACACAGUCUCUCUCACUCUGUCUUACCGACAUUAGCAAUCAUGUGUACCGUAGUAAAAAACGAAAGUAACUUGGAUUCGUAUUUGAGGAGGGCAGGACGUCGUCGACACCAAGUUUUCUGUGACUUUCAGUUACUCAGAAAAAGGCCACGCCAGUUCUCGCUGUGAAAUUACGGCCCCGACACAGGUGUUUGCAUCUCAAGCAUGGGUCGUUGAGAUCUCUGCGUGAGGGGACUUCUACGACAGAGUGAAAAGCAAAAUGAGACUACCCAAGGAGAAAUACUGACAGGACUCACUUCCUCCUGCAGUAUA